UCAGAAUUUCUUCUUUUGUUAUGAUAGUGAUUAUCUUAUUUAUUGCUAAAUACAGUCAAGAUAAUAGCACAAAAGGCGACAUUCAAUAAUUGAAGACAACUCUUAAAACACGUUCUACAAUUUAUAUUAACUUAGUAUUCCCUGAGUGACUUCUGAAUAAUGUCAUAAUUUUAUCAAUUCUCAAAGCAGCGAAAAUGAAAUUUCUUAUAGUAUUCGCUACUUUAUUUUUAAUUAACAGCGUUAAUUCAUCUUCAUUCCAAAAAGAAGAAGGUAAUGAUGUAUCAAAUUCUAUUGAAAUAGACAUAAAUUCGCGUUUAUCCGCUUUACUUGGGAAAAUCAAAAACAUUUCCGAACACCAGGGAGUGUCAUCUUCUGUGUGUGCAAGAUGUUCUGUUGUGAUAAAUGACCUUAUUCAAUUCAGGAGAUCUGGUGCAAAUCGAACAUCAAUUGUAGAAUAUUUAACAGACUUAUGUAUCUCGAUAAUUGGAUAUCUCCCCAGUGUAUGUAAGACUUUCAGUGAAAUAGAAACAGAUGUUAUAAUUUACAUAAUCGAUAACAAAAAUAUAAAACCCGAAGAGGUUUGUGGAGUUUACUACCAAUAUAGCGGUUGUAUAAAUCCCUCUGCUAAAAAAUGGGUGAUAGAUAUUCCUCCUCAUAAAGCUGAGUUCGAAGUAAAGGUCGACCAAUCUUCGAAAAAUCCUCUAAAUUUCGUCCAAAUCACAGACGUUCACUAUGAUCCAUUGUAUAAAGCUGGCAGCAAUGCCAAAUGUGAUUUACCCUUAUGUUGUGAAGAAAGAAAUGGUAUUCCGGUAGAUCCCCUAAAUGCCGCAGGUACUUAUGGAGACUACAGAGUUUGCGAUAUGUCUAAGAACUCUCUGGUUGAUUUGCUGUCAGAAAUUAGAAAAUCUCAGAAAAAAAUUGAUUAUGUAUAUUUCACUGGCGAUAUCAUAGCGCAUAAAAACUGGGAAACUAGCAGAAAGAGUAAUUUGGAAACAAUUGAAGAAUUCUACGCUUUAUUAUAUCAGUAUUUUGGAAAUAUCACAGUAUAUCCCAUUCUUGGAAACCACGAAGCUCAUCCUUGUAAUUUGUACGCUCCAUUGAAUCUCCAGUCAGCAGAUAAAGUCAAUACUCAAUGGCUUUUCGAUGCAGUAGCAAAUUAUUGGGCGAAGUGGCUACCACAAAGUGCUCUAGAUACUAUAAAACUUGGUGGAUAUUACACUGUACUUGUGAAACCUGGAUUUCGCAUAGUAGCUCUGAAUAGUAACGUUUGCUUCACCGAAAACUUUUGGCUUUUUUAUGACGAUGAAGAUCCUUAUGGACAACUGAAAUGGCUGGUACGAGUCCUUUUGGAGGCAGAGAAAAAUAAUGAAAAAGUCCAUUUGUUGUCGCAUGUCCCUCCAGGAGAAAUUCGAUGUCACAGGCAAUGGCAAUACAAUUUUAAUAAAAUUGUACAGAGGUUUGCCAAUACUAUUAGUGCUCAUUUCAAUGGACAUACACAUGUAGAUGAAUUUAGAAUUUACAAGAACGAAUCUAAUCCAAAUCAAGUUAUCAAUGUAGCAUAUAAUGGUGGAAGUUUCACGACUUUUGUUGGUUUGAAUCCUGAUUAUAGAGUUUAUGAAGUCAACCCACAAAAUAUGAUGGUGUCAGAUUACCAUCAGUACACAUUUAACUUGAGUUUAGCCAAUUCAGCAGGAAGUAGAGGUCCAGAUUGGUAUAAACUAUAUUCCUUCAAAACUGCUUAUGGGUUGAAAGAUUUGAAUUAUCAGAGUUUAUCAGAUUUACAUGAAAGACUUCAAACUGAUUCUCAGCUUGCACACCAAUAUGUUCAGUUUCACAUCAGAGAGAGUGAUUUUGCCUUCGAGAAAGGAUGUAAUGCAACUUGUGUAGCUAGUCAAAUAUGUCACAUUUCAGCAAUUGAUGCAGACGAAUCUAUCAGAUGUGGAGAGUACAGUUUAUUUUCAUGAUAACAUUUAGUUAAUUACAAUUUUAUAAUAUAUUUGAAUUGGAAUAUGUCCUCAUUAUGAGCUUACAAUAUCCAAAACUUAAUAAGAACAAAAAUUAUCAAUUAA